CCACAUUAUACCUCUAACCCUCCACAUUAUACCUAUAACCCUCCACAUUAUACCUCUAACCUUCCACAUUAUACCUAUAACCCUCCACAUUACACCUCUAACCCUCCACAUUAUACCUCUAACCCUCCACAUUAUACCUCUAACCCUCCACAUUAUACCUAUAACCCUCCACAUUAUACCUCUAACCCUCCGCAUUAUACCUCUAACCCUCCACAUUAUACCCCUAACCUUCCACAUUAUACCUCUAACCCUCCACAUUAUACCUCUAACCCUCCACAUUAUACCUCUAACCCUCCGCAUUAUACCUCUAACCCUCCACAUUAUACCCCUGCGGAUGCCACCAAUAAUACUCCAAACUGUAACAUUAGGCCCUCAAAGUGUGAGAAUUUAAAAUGGUGUCAAGAGGUUUUUUUCUGCCCAUUUAGGACUUUUUUUUCUACUAGUAAAAUUUUCUGUUCUCUAUCUGUGAUUCCUGUAAUUAUAGAAAAAUGCAAACCAUAUAUGACAUAA